AUUUUGUUGCAAUUCAGAGUCGGGAGGGAGAAGUGGUGUUUCUACGACCACUGUUUACAUCACAUUAAGCCUCGAGGGAGUCGGAUUUGUAGGAAAUAUAGCUUGCUGUGCUUCCUACACAUUCCGUUGAGGGAUAUCUGAGGCUAACUAUAUAUAUAUUUCUGACGAAAGGCUUCACCAACCAAGCCUGAAGAAGUCGGCCGUCGACUUCUUGGAUCAUCGUGCGCCGAGGUGAAUUAAUGUUCAACUCGGCUCCACGGCAUAACUACGCUCAUUGGCACAUGAAAACUUCAAACCUUGCUGGACACACAAGUGCAGCGAGAAGUAGACGAACUACUUCGAGGACCUGGGGACCGAUUGGAGGUGAAAGAUUGAAGAGGGAUCUCUGCUUCGUCAACUUUCUAACAACAAAGAGGUGACACGUAGCACAGAAACAUGGGAGGUGGAGAGAGGUACAACAUUCCAGUUUCCCACCCUGAACGCCCCAAGAAGAACCAUCAACUUGGCAAGGCCAAGCAGAGAAGCCGUGACCAGAAUGGAGCAGCAGCAUCUGCUGGAGUAGCAGGUGGCCUUCAUCAUCUCGGCCACCGGCGGAACGACAAAAGCUCAGCCUACCACAGGUCUCCAGAGGCGCGGCAGGCCGCGUCUGCGGAGAAAAAUGCUUCUGUCCGUUUUACAACCAACUAUGAUCAGAACUGGGAGGGUGCAGUGUCCCACCUUAACACAUUACUGGCAGCACAGGGCAGCCCAAGCUAUGCAGGGCCUAAGUUCAGUGAGCCGCCUUCACCCAGUGUGUUACCCAAACCCCCCAGCCACUGGGUAUCUUUCCCAAUAGGUGCCUGUGACCACAGGGAGAUGAUGGCCUUCCAACUUAAGAGCCUCCUGAAGGUGCAGGCUUGAGAGAGAUACCCACACAAAAAGAGCCAAUGCAUGUACUGGGACUCAGAGGUACUCACCUACCGGGAAUGCCCCAGAGCUGUAAUAACUUGGUGUUGGACUGAAAUUCUUUAAAGUUGGGCAUUAACAGCAUUGAUUUGCUGUUAAAUCCUAUCUCAAAUCAAGAUUAUUACAGCCUUGCAGUCUUCCUGGUUGGUGAUGCCUUUAGUGGAGCCAGUAUUUUGUGACUGAUGAAAUACUGGAUUUUUGUUCUUUUGUUUUGUUGUUUUUAGUGUUGGCUGUUAAAGCAGAUUGAGUGUGCUUUUUUUCCACCCCAAACAAGGUUUUUCGUAUAAACCAGGUGAAAUCUCAGAACUUUUAUAGUCCAUUUUUGUGGACAGACAUGCCUUUUCAUUCCCACAAGUGUUGAAGAUAAGCCUUUGAAGUGAUGUUCAAAGCUUAGUACUGAAGCUCAAAUUGGUCCUUUACCCAAUCUUUUUUUUUUCUUCCCUUAAAACUAUCACAUUCCUUGUUUCGGGUUUAAAAAGGGCACUCAGUUGCAGUUCUGCAGGGAAAAGAAACCUCUUUUUCUAGUUUUCCUCUUCUUGGAUAUAAAGAGCUCGUGGGUAAGUAGAGGUCAGAAGAAUAACCUCAAACGAGACCAUCGCACAUGGGCCUUGGAUCACCACCUCCUGUAUCCCUUUUUUUUAAACUGCGCUGUGCGCACAUGCACUAUAGGAGGUGGGUGUUGCAAAGGUCCACAACACUCUUAUCAUAGCAUUAUUUUGUAGAAAAAAGUCCUUUUUUUGUUGAAGUUGAAAGGUGUUUGAAGCGCUGUGUGUAACCAAAGUAAUGUUGCUGCAUUUCUUUUGGCACUGUGUGGUUGGCAUCAUUGCCACUCCUACCUGAAAGCGUCUAUGAUGAAUGAAAGCUGUUCGUCUGUUCAAUCAGCACUGUUACUGCCUCCUCCCACAGCAAUGGUGUAGCCUUAACUUGCGGAAGAGGGCCUAAUUUAAAUAAUGUGGUCCUGUAAGCUAUAUCCAGCUGUUCCCAAGGUGAGGCAGACAUGAGGGCCUCUAGAGGGAAGUAGCUCAAAGGCAAGACGCUGGUGUUUGUUUACAAAUUUGAAAAGGCUGGCCAGCUGAUAAUCAGCACACUUGCUGCCCACUAUUUACCCUCUUGCACUGCAAUCAGGCUUUUUUUUUCUCUUUUCCUCCAUAAGUAACAUGCUAGGAUGUUAUUGAAAUGAAACAGAUUAUCUUGGAUGGAACAUGGAUUUUGUUUUGGUUCAGUCCUCUAUUGAGGUUCUGUGUGUUUUUCCCCUUCUGCAGAGUUCAAGCUGUUAAUGGCCAGCAUAAAAGUAACAAAACUGUUAAGAGUUAAAGAGCCAUGUAAAUAGUGACAUGUAUAAAGUACUUGUAGCAUAUGUACAUUUGCAGGCAGUUUGAUGCCUGUAUGACAAAAGUAUUUUUAGUAAUAACACUGAAUGUAUAAGACAUGCUAAGGACAUGUCUUAACUUCAAUACUGAAGAAUAUUUUUGUUAAAAAAAAAAGUAAAACAUAAACCUGCCUGUAGCAUUUGCCAGUACCCCUACACUGUUAUCUUUCCAGAUAUCUUGCACAUGUUUUUUUUAAGUUUUUUAUAACACAGUGUAGGGUGAAAAAUGCUACGCAUGAAUCAAAUAGAACUUCAAUAAAAUAUCAAUUGGGCUCAUGGAGACUUGCACAUGUCGGAUUUAAAGCACAAAAGUGCUUGCAGUUUGUAAUUCUGGCCCUUAUGUUACAUUUAGUGUCUCAUUUAAAGCCCAUGCUGAAACAGAUUAUUCAUUUCAUAACAGGUCUUUUUUAUAAUGCACUUUCAGCUCUCAGCUGUACUUCCGCCAGCUGAUAGUUGAAUUUGGUCAGUGUUUUUUUUCUUUUUGUCAGUGAUUACGCAUGGCAAAGUCUCCUCAUUCUAAAGUAAAACAUUUAAUGAAUUGGCUUUUAAUUUAUCCCCCUGACACGUCACUGAAUUUGAAGCUAUGUGCCCUGUUUAGAAUUGGUAAUAAUUUGUGAUCCAAAAAUGUAAAAGAAACUACUCUGAAUUGAUAACAAAGUAAACAAAUUAAAUAAAUCCCUUCCCCUCCCCCCCAA